AUGUCGAUGAACCCCGCUGCCAUGGGCACGUACGUUCAGUACGGUGAGAUGCCCCCCUCGCUGCCGCUCGAGAAAUGUGCGGGUGUCGAUGCUUCGUACUGUAACAAGAACGGCGAGUGCCGUGCGUUUGAGCCCUACGAUGAAACGAGGACUCAGCGCUCGGCUUCACUCGUUGAUGAGAACUUCGGCAGCUACGAUGCAUACACUGCCGAUCCUAACUACUAUGUGGAUCGCACGGGUUGCAGAAACUCCUUCAACGAGGGCUUCGCUGACAUGGACACUGUCGACGUGGGGGUGGACGCAUCAUUCACGGAGACUGAAUACCCGGCUGAUUACGUUGACCAUUAUGUAAACACAUAUGGUAAUGGUCGUUGCUUGGGUCCCACUUGCGGUUUCCGCGGCUUCAUGCCAAUGCCCAUGCCCGCGCCUAUGCCUGAGGAGGGUGCUCCGGACGCCGUUCACCCGGCCAUGCGUCCCAUGACCACCCCCGAGGCGGCCAACGUCACGGAUGACUUCUCGCGUUACGGCGUCACUCCGCGGUUCCGCCAGGUGGAUACCCCGUGCCAACCUAUCACGCGGCAGGGCACCUUCAUUGAGCCUAAUCACAACUUGGAGAACUUCGUGCGCGCCUCCAGUCAACUAUGUCAGUCGAUGGAAACGAUCGUCACCCGUCCUUCGUCUGAAUGCGCUCGUCCGGAUAUCUCCAGCUUCGCUGCCGGCGGGAUUCGUGUCACCACCCCGCCUGCGGGAACAUCGUUCGAGCAGCGUGGUCCCCACCCGGCGGGCGCUUCGCUGCCGACUCAGUACUUCCAGAAUUCUGGGGGUCAAACUUACGAGAACGAGCUGUUCUUCACGCCCACUCUGUCAAACAAGGACACGCGCAUGUGCAACAACUACUCCGUUGCGUCGAACUACUGCGUGUACGUGGGCACGGACUCCAACGUGCAAGCAUGCGGCUGCAACAUGUCCCGUCCUUGCGGCGGCAACUGCCACGUGAGCGGGUGCCCACUGGUGACCUCCGCGCUCGAGCCCUCUACUGAACACUGGCCCGUUUCCGGGUCGUCUCACCUUCAGUCGCUGGUGCGUCGUCUGGACUGCGUUGUCGAGAGCUACAAGACCGUCCCGCGAAUCUGCGCCAAUCCCCUCAACUUCCGGCGCGUGAAGGCUCGGUCGGUGCCGCAUCACACCAGAUCCUCCGGGUUCAGCAGCGCUCGCGAGAGCAUCGUCGGCAACAGUGGCGAUUUCGUUAAACGUGCCGCCUCCAUUGCCACCGAGUUUGCCGAGCGCCGCGAGGAACCCCCAACUCCCGAGUACUACGUGCAGACGAGCUACGAGGACUCUCCGUACAAUAACGGCAUGCUCGGCGAGGUGGAGGCUCAGGCGAAGCAGAAGAAGACCUCGAGCAUCCCCGUGGCCGACCCCGCCGCUGAAGUCGAGAUGCCUUCGCGCAACGAGUACGGGCGCUUUGUGCCCUCCCGCACCACUUCCGUCGAGUCUACCACCGAAGUACGCCCGCAGCACGUCGCUCCCAAGUCGAACAAAAAGAAGUCCAACACGCCCGCCGCUCACCCCGGCGAGAAGGUGAGCGGAGUAUGGUACGACACCAAUCGCCACCUGUGGCGUGUUGUAUACAUGAAGGGCAACAAGCGCAAGACGCAGGGGUUCAGUUCGAUAAAGCUGGGGUACGAGGAGGCUCGGCGUAAGGCCAUCGCCAUGCGUCACGAGAUGGUGGCCAUGCGCCGGCCCGACAAGGGUUGA